AUGGAAAGCGCCUCAUCACCCAGAAUGAGAGCAGUCAAUUAUUCGCAGAGAAUUAAUAAUAAUAAUGGUAAUAACAAUAGUAAUAAUAAUAAUAAUAAUAGUAAUAACAAUAGUAAUAAUAAUAAUAAUAAUAGUAAUAAUGAUAGGAAUAAUAAUAAUAAUAAUAGUAAUAACAAUAGUAUUAAUAAUAAUAGUAAUAAUGAUAGUAAUAAUAAUAAUAAUAAUAAUAGUAAUAACAAUAGUAUUAAUAAUAAUAGUAAUAAUAGUAAUAACAAUAGUAUUAAUAAUAAUAGUAAUAAUGAUAGUAAUAAUAAUAAUAAUAAUAAUAGUAAUAACAAUAGUAUUAAUAAUAAUAGUAAUAAUGAUAAUAAUUCUGAGAUGAAUGAAGGAGUUGCUCACAGGCGAGUUGCCCACAGGCAUAAUAAUACUGGCACAUGGUAUUAUGGUCAUGCACGGUUAUACGGGCACAUGGUGCAACUGGGAACGUCUGCCAAGAAGAGAAAAUUACAAAUCGUUCGCUGUUCUUCGUGA